AUGCAUUCCCAAAAGGUUACCCAUGCGGUGCCACCCGAUAGUAAUAAUGUCUUUAUCGACAAUUUAUUUGUGCAGAACAACAAACAUCUCUCAAAUCAUUGGGUCCGCAUUGGUGAACUUUACCCAGGCGGUUGGGACCAACCUCUUCUUCCUCCUGAGUUCUCACGUGAGCAGUUUGGCCAGGGCAACCACUAUGAGUGCUUUAUGCUUACAGCCCUGUCAACUCUGGUCCGUUUCCCCGACGUGAUCCAGAACUGCUUCGUCUCCAAGAAUGUACGUCGAGACGGGCGCUACACUUUUCAGUUCUUUCGUGGUAAAGAGUGGGAGGUAGUGGAAAUUGACGACUACAUUCCACUGGAUGAAGAUGAGGUGCUUUACAUGCGUUCCCCUACGGAGCAUUGGUGGCCCUUACUUCUUGAGAAGGCAUACGCAAAGUUUUACACUGGUUAUGAAAACAUUGAAGGUUGCACACUACAGGAGGCGUAUUAUGAUCUGACUGGUAAACCUGUAUUGAACAUUCCCAUGGAUCCAAAACUUGCUAAGGCCGCUGGAGCUGAAGUGACAGAGGGUCAU